AUGGGCGAAGACAUUGGACCAACGGCUUCAACGUGGGUGCAGGCAGCACUGGACAUGUGGGAAGGACAGAAAGGUCGCCGAUUGAGUACAUCUGUGGCGACGGAAAGGAUUGCUGUUCCAGCUUAUGAGUUUGAGCUCGAGUUUCAGACGUACUGCGCGCAGGCUGGUGCAUCGGAGGCAUGGACCACGGAUAUUCUGACACGUGAAAAAGUCAAUGUCAUGGAGAGCUGCACGGAGCUUUCGAUCAAAUUCUUUGGUUCGCUGAAAACUCGAGUGGUGCUUCUCCCCGAGAAGGCGAAGAUACUGUGGAAGAAGCUCACGAAGGUGUACAAGACGUUUGCUCCAGAUUUGUUGAAGCUAGAGCGUUUCUGCGGCCGGACCAUGGUCAUCGGUGAUGGCGGAACAGGCAAAUCUGUCUUGACGAAACAGCUCCUAGCUGAAAUAGCCCAGAUGGAAGUUGCAUACAUUCACCAACAUGCUGCUGAGCGCAAGAAGACGGCGGACGGAGACAAUGCCAAAGGCAAGCCUCGCGAGGUGUUGGUGCCUCUCCGGGUGCCAUUGGUGGACAUCAUGCGACAGAUGGAGGAGGACCCAACGCUGCUGGCAGAACCCGACGCACUCAGUGACCCGCUCGCCACUUGGAUGGCCCGGAAGUACGGAGGAGAUUCGUCUUUGGCACAACUCAUCGUGCAGGUUCGUCAAUCCCAGGAGACUGACGACGAAGAGGAGCCAAGCGAAGACGAAGCGGAUAUCCUGGGCUUGUUUGUGCUUUUGGAUGGAUUGGAUGAGGCUGCAGCGGUGCGCACAACCAUUCUUUCGUAUCUGACAGCGCUCUUGGCAGCGGAGCCUUGCCAUUUUCCCUUGCUGACUUCUCGGCCGGGGAUCGUGGGUUUCCCCGAACAAGAAGCUCUCGCCAACAUGGGCUUCGUUGCGUGCCUCAUGUCUCCUUUGUCGCAACAAGCUUCGCGAGAGCUGGCCGCCUCCAUCCUGAAGCGCAACCGCGAAUCGGAGGCUAGAGUGCAGAAGAUGGUGGACACCGUCGGCGAUCCCGCCUAUGCGGGGCUAGCCGGAAAUCCGCUGUGCUUAACUUUGCUCGUGCACGUCCUGCGCAAGACGGAGGAGACCGGCAAAGUGUCGAAGAUUUUGACCAAGACCACCAUGUAUCAGCAGGCCUUAAAGUUAAUGCUGCACGUUGCUGAUGCAGCGAAGUUCAUGUCGCGGGAUGGUCAAGCAGACAUGGAAACGAUUCGCCAGCUCGAGGCCCUGAAGGGCCCAAAGGCGCGACAGCUUUUCCAAGCCAUCGCCUGGCAGGAGACUUGCAAGCGGCAGCGCAGCUUCACCCUGGCCGAAGCGGAAGCUAUCAGCUCCGACAAGGACACCUUCGAAGCUUUCCGUUGCAGCAUCGUUUCAGGUCGCUUGCCCGCGUUCUCAGUGCUGGAAGGUGCUGCCGGCAAGGAGAUUCAGCUGGCACAUCUUUCCUUCCAAGAGCUUCUCGCGGCUGAGUUUGCAACCGCUGUUCUACAACAUUCGCACAAGACAUUCCACAUAGCCUCCUAUUGGAACUUUCUGAGCUCCUCAUCGGUGUCUUGCCAGAGCCGGGAUCGUUUGGCAGAGCAGUGGUGGCUCGCAGUGUGGGUCAACGUUGCAGAGAUGCUUGGCGAAGACUGCUUUCACGCCUGGUGCAAGGAAGUUGGAAGCGACGAGCGUGCGCAUCUUAAGACUGGGAGGAUUUGUUUACAUUGGAGCCCCAUGUAUUUAAAUGGGGAUGAUGAAAAUCAGCGAGCUGAGCUUCCGCAUCUGGUCAGAUCAUACCGGGUGACGUGGAUUGAUUCACGGGCGAAGCUCCUGAAGAUGGAGGAGACAAAAUACAAAAAGGUCAGGAACCAGUUGGGAGUUCAGAGAAAGGGGGAAACUGCCGCAAUGCUUUCCGAGUUGAUGCCCCUCGAGGCAGCACACUGGAUCUGUGAAGGUGUCGGAACCCUGGCUUGCCACGCCGUGGUCCACAGGCAUUGGACCCUGUUGAAGGCCUUGUUAGCAGCAGGAAUGCAUCAUUGCAUUUGUGCAGCCAACUGCGAGAGCGUGCAAACACUAUGUCUGCGAAGCACAGACUGGACCGGUGUCCACCUCUUGGAUGACAUCAAGGCGGACAUCAAUUUCCCACAUCCAGACUGCAUGAUUGCUCCAAACCUUCGCAUGGCAGCGCGUUACGAGCAUGAGGAGGCAGCUCGUGUGCAAACACCUUCCCCUGCUGCCAGACAGUUGGCAGAGAGCAGAAGCGACUUUCCAGCGACUUUGCAGAAGGCUUCUGCUGGCACCCUCGAGUUCAGCCCGGAGCUGGAUUUGGAGUCGAUUCACCCGGACACCGGCAUCACGCUACUGAUGUGUGCUGCAGCUGGUGGUUGCCCGGAUCUGGUGGCGGCUCUGCUAAAAUGCAGGGCGAAUGUUAACUCUCGGUCUUCGGAGAAGUGCACGGCCCUUCAUUUCGCGGUGGACUGUGCUUCGGGGGAGCCAGGGAAUGCUUGUGUGCGACUCCUUCUGGAGGCCCGAGCAGACCCAAAUGCUAAGUGUGGCGUGUCGACAACCGCGCGAAACUGUGGCAUAGGAACCGGCUAUAUGGCAGGCUGCAUGCCAACUAUGGCCAGCGACGUGACAAAGCUAGAGCUCCUCCUUGAACACGGGUAUGAUGCGACAAUGACGAGUGACUAUGGGCUGUCAUUGCUCUUCUGGGCCUGCCAUGCGAGCUCCAAGAAUCCAAAUUGCACCCCCGUGCUACAGCGGCUUUUGGAGCUAAAGUGCUCGUUCUUGGAGAGACUUGAGCCUUCAGCCAAUGCUCGUGCCAGCAACCAGGAGCCUUUUGGCAUUGGCUUAAACGCUGCCGCUUAUAGAACCACGCCAACUACUCUGGCUGCAUAUUUGACGUGUGGCAGGUUCCAUCUCACCGACCCGGCAAUGCAAUGUCUCUUAGACAAUUAUGACGUGAACACCAGGGAGGUUGUGACGGAAUGCAAUCCCGGUAUCCCUAUCACAGUCUAUCAGAUGCCUGCGUGGAACGCGGCACAGCAAAGCCCCGCGUUGUAUUUUGAUGAUACCAAGUGGGUGGAGUACGUCUUUGAAAAAGGCCUCGAUCUUAAGCAGCCCUACGUGAAGUUGCACCGCAACUGGCUGGUGAGACUUCUAGUCCCUUAUGACCACUUCAAUUUCUGGACCGAAAUGAUAACGAAGGCAGACUUUCCGGCGCCAGGAAUCUAUUUUAGCUUUUUCAACCAUGUUGUGAAAGACCUGCCCGACAACGAGAAGGAAUACGAUAAACUAACGAAGCACUCCGUAAACCUUAUUCGGAAAGGAGGUUCCAAAAUGCAGCAAAAUGCGUGGAAUGACUGGUUAACAGCAAGGAGAUCCAAGGCAAGGUCGACGGAGGAGGGAUGA